AUGAGUGACCAACUGUCAAGUGAUGAAAGGGGAGAAUCCAGGCCAGUUGGUGAGAGCUCCGUCGAAGAGUUUCAAGCUCACCUUGAUAAUCUGGCUUGCGGCGACUCCGUUGAGAAUUACAGUCGUGAUUUCUUGCAAGACAGGUCUCCUGCUCUGAGUGCGAGUUUUGACCCCAGUGACUUCGAGGAGGUACAAUGGUACUCAAAGGCGAAUCUGUCUGACAAGGGCAGCGAUCUCCCUCCUGGUUCUUUGACAGCAGAGGAGACUCCGAGGCAUGUGCCCUCGCAGGGCUCUGGCAUGCCGGGGUCAUCUUCUGGUGAUCGUGUAUUCAAUGUUCCAGCUGCCGUGGCUUUUGCACAUCAGUCUUUACCCACUGCAGGUCUGGAGCAGUGCUGGGAGAAGGGGAUUUGGGCGGACAUUUUUGGAUCGCCGAAGGAUUUGUAUCAUGGAAUGCAUGGUUCUGUGUAUAAGAGACCGGAGGCCGUGCUUUUCGAAAGUGAUUCUUCGCGCUUGAAGGCUGCCAAGACUUCUGGUUCGGCAGAUAAAUCUGGCGGAAGUUUUACUUAUUUGAAUGCAGUUAAAGACCGUGAAGCGGUAAGCUGGAAGGCCAAGAGGGACAAGGAGCGGUCAGAGGCUCUUUACCUCUGGCAGGGGCUCAUUGAGUCUUGGCCCGCCAAGCUGGCCGUGGUUCGGCAACUUUUGGACCUGGGGCAUUUGCCUAGAUAUUUUAUGAUUGAAGAUUUACUUGGUGGCAAGGCACCCGCUACUUUACGCAAGCGGUACAGGUCUCUGCUGGGUUACAACAACUUCUUGAGUGACCGAGGGUUGGGUUUUCCUGGAUCGGAGGAGAUCUUCUACCAGUACCUGUGUGGCAUGCGGGAGGCAGGCAGGCCUGCUUCUGCUCGGAAGGCAGUUCUUGAAGCCAUCACGUUCACGAGAUUUGUGGUUGGGAUUCCGGAACUUGCUGAGCUGGGUGAGAGCAAGCGCUGCCACGGCAGCGCGAAGCAGCGAGAUUUCAAGGCUCGGGUCCAGGCCUCUCCCUUUACAGUGGCCGAGCUGACCAAGCUUCACUAUAUUCUCGCUAAUGAUUCUGAGCUGUGGAACAGGCUGAUGGCCGGCGCCCUCCUUUUCGCAACUUACGGCAGGGCUCGCUGGGAGGACUUGUCCCACGCAGAGUCCAUUACUGUGGAUCGUGGAGAGAAUGGCGAGGCGGCUUUCAUAGAGGCCGGUGUGGGAGUCCACAAGACAAUGGGUGCCAAACUCAUGCGGGGGCAGCUUUUGCCCAUGGUGGCACCUGGUGUGGGUGUUACCGAAGACUUGUGGAUAGAACAAUUUAGGGAAACAAGAAGAUUGCUGGGAAUUGGUGAGCCGCCGCUUUUCCCUGUGAUGCCGGCACCAGAUCACCAAGGAUUCCCCACUGUUCGGAGUCUUGAGUCCGACGAGGCGGGGUCUUGGGCUAGGCUGUUGCUUUUCGGGAGCGCGGACCCGAUUCCGGACAGGCGUGUGUCGAGCCAUUCUUGCAAGUGCACUUGCAUUAGCUUUGCGACCAAGUUCGGGGCAAGUCCGAAUGAGUUGCUCUUGUUGGGGUAUCACACUGGUGAUUUUAAGAUGCCACUUACAUACGGGAGAGAUGCCGCUGCUCCCACACUCUUGUUGCUGAACAAGGUGUUGCGAGCUAUUCGGAGUGGUCGCUUCAAGCCUGAUUGCACUAGAAGUGGGAGAUUUGUUAAAGGAAGCACUCCUGUCUUGAUAGAAGAACCACCGUCAGAUGCGGUAACCACAGGCUCCAGCAGUAGUUCGGAUUCAGAGAGUCAGGACGGUGCCGAACUUCCCAGGUCUUUCGUGCGCUGGGUCGUUCCUGAUCCUCCUGACGGCAUGUGCUACUAUGAGCAUACAAAGUCCAAAGUUUUGCACUUGGCUCAUGAUCAUUAUUCCAAGGGCUGCUCUGCGAUGUCCACUAUCAUCGAGAGUGAAGCAGCCUUCGAGAAGAGGAUGCCUUUAGAGAGCUUGCGAAACUUGUGUAUGCGACUGGCGUCUACCUUGGUUAUUCAGACUUAUAGGGACAUGGUGUCGCAUGAUUCAUCAGAUGGUGCACCGAUGAGAAAGCUUCCGCUGCCAGAGAAGCGGGCACGUAAGGAAUCUCAGCAGUCUAGGCUGGGAGGCAUAGACAUGGACGGAGAGCUUGACCCGUCUUAUCAGUUGAUUGAUGCUUGCAAUCAUCAGAUGGAUAAUGCAGUGAUUUACUGGCUUGCACCUUCUAAAUGCCCGAAGCGUGAGCAAGAGGUGAUCGCAGGUUUCAAGGAAAAGCCGAGCACCCUUCAAGUCGAGAACAACACUGUCAAGGUUGGAGGUCCGAGUGUCUCCGUGGAGUGCGAUACUACGGAUUCUUUGCGUUGUCAGUGGGCUUGGAUGCGAAGGGGUCUUGCUUAUGAUCAGUGCAGAAUGCUUUCUUACAAUGUUCAUCAAAAGUGGAUUCAGAGGAGGGCCGUCAAUCCAGGGCCGUCAGGUGUUCCACCUCUUGAUGCAGUCAUGUCCCGUUUGGCCUUCGAUCAGCGCAUCACUCAGUUCUUGCUUCCUAUGCAGAAGUCGCAGGUCGUGAAGGUUGCGCCAACAAAGGUGACGGAGGAUGACAAGCCCCCGGCACCUCAUAAGGUGCCUCGCGUUGCGACUGAGAAGGCUAAGGCUAAGGCGAAAGCGCGAGGGGGCCCGAAGAACAAGCCGGCCGCCUUGGCAGCAUAUGAUACCAGGACCAAGUUUGGCAACGCGUGCUGGGGUUUCAAUCUUCCCGAUGGCUGCUCUCACAAGAGUGAGAAGGAUCCGAAGUCAGGCUUUCAGAAGUGUGACAGAGGAGGGGAAGUGGCAGAAAGUUUUCACCUUGAGCAAGCUUCCGCCCCUUCCGAUGGAACAUCCGUUGAUGGGGUUGGCAAAGAUGCUGAUGCAUGUUCCGGGUCCGUGGAGCGGUUGGCUAUGAAGCGCAACUUCAGCCAAUUCUUGAAGACAAAUGACGAGUCUGAGAGCCCGGAUGCUUGUAUGGCAUCGCGAGCUGACGAUCAGGUCGCAGAUCCAGUAUCUGCCGAUACCCACGAACAGAUGGCUCGCACCAUGCUCCAUGCAAACGCCUUUACUGCCAGCAACUGCAUCCGCCUGUUCGAUGCUUGCCCUAAGGACCGAUCUCUGCGAAGUGUGCAGGACAGCUCCGUUGCAGGGACGCGCAUAAGUUUUGGGUUCUAUGUCCGAGGUGGCAAGGCCAGCGUCUUCAACGCAUGCACGUCGGCGUCGGCCACCUGCCGAUUCUUUACCUCGGUGAUUCGAUUCGUCGACCCCACCCAUGUGUUCGGGGCCUUUCAGAUUCUUUCCGAUGUUCGCUCGGAGAUUCAUCUUGACAAAGCCAACGAAAAGGGCUCGAGGAAUCCUGUCAUCCCGCUCACUUUCUUUGAGCAAGGCCAGAUCUGGAUCAGGGAUGAGGCAGGGCAGCAUGAGAUUAAACACAGUGGCAAGUCCUACUUUGGGAAGUUGCUUGAUGUGAAUGCAGGGCCACUUCGCAUUGACCCAUCAGUGCAUCACGCAGUUCUGCCUUGGCUUGGUCGCAGGGUGGUUUUGGUUGCAUACAUGCCGUCUUUUGCUGAAAGGCUCAGCCAUGGCGACAGGUCUUCUUUGUCUGAGCUGGGAUUUGUUUUCCGACACUUUGCAGGCCCGAGCAGUGGCCCUUUGAAGGACAUUCGCGCUGCACCAGCGUCCUCGGCACAUGAUCGUUCUACCGCUGAGGACUUCUUGAUCUUGGAGCUGUGUGCAGGUCACGCGGUUCUUUCACGAACGGCUGAUUCACUUGGAUUUCGAACUUUAUCGGUAGAUAAUAAUCAGUUCCGGUCGCCUGGUAAGCAAGUCUUGCGCCUUGACCUGUGUGAUCCAGCCAACAUUGACUAUCUUCUUGAAAUAAUUUCUGCAGAGAAGGGUAAACUAGCCAUGGUCUUCUUGUCUCUGCCCUCGGGCACGGCCAGUGUCUCUCGAGGCAAACAUAUCAAGAAGUGGGAAGAGCAAGGCUAUCAACUGCCUGUUGAGCUACGGAGCUCCACGCAUCCUGACAUGCUCCCUGGGCUUUCUCCUCAGGAUCGCAAACGAGUCGAGGAUGCCAAUCAGCUCUACUUUGAGACAGCUCGGUUGGUUUUGGCUUCCGUAGGGCAGGAUGUUUUGACUGUUGUCGAGAAUCCUGACUCUUCCCUGUACUGGGCUACUUCUUUCUUUCAGUCCAUCACUUCGGUGUGUCCGGGGUUCUUCACCCGUUUUCACUUGUGUUGUCAUGGGGGUGCUCGCCCUCGCUUGAUCCGCUUGUGGUCGUCCAAGGAUGUCUUCAGUUCGCUCGAGGCUCGUUGCGACAACUCGCACCCCCAUAAGCCAUGGCAGCCACGUUUGUUCGGACGUAAAGUCAAAUUCAUGACUGCUGACGAAUCUGAGUAUCCUUCUGUCUUUUGUCUGAGGCUGCUUUCAGCUUUGGCAAAUCACAUCCACGGCUCCUUGGCAGGUCCGUCGCCGCAGCAAUCUGUGCCUUUCCAUAGCAAAAGCACUCGCGUGGCUUUGGGUCUUCAGCCGCGUGGAGCCUCCUUCGGGCCUUUGGUCGCGGAAUUUUCGCAUUUUCUGUCGUGCCUUUGCCCUCCGAGUAAGCCGCAGCUCUUGCUGGACUUUUUGGCCAAGCAGCCUAAGGGUUCUCGCGUAGUUCGUCGCUUUGUUUUCGGAUGGGGGGAAGUCUUGCAUUCACUUGAACUGUGCGAGCACCCGAUCUUCCUUGAAGUUCCAGAUCCGAGGACUGGUCAGGUCGCAGCAAACGGCACUCAGGUGGAGCUUGUGACGAUUGGCAUUCCGUGUGAACCGUCCGAGUUCAUUCGAAGGGCCUUGAUCACGGGGCACCCCAGGAGGUUCGAGUUCCAUCUUGAACCCGAAAUAGAUGAAGCGAUUCAUGCGAACUUUGUUGGGAAUCCUGGUGACUUAGCCCGCGCCCGAAUCGACUUUAGUGGAGUGCGAGAGCUAAGGAGCUCCCACCUGAGGAGGAUAAGCUUCAUUCCGCCAUGCCUGGCUACCUUGCACAGGUUUUGCAAGGCAAACGUCUUCUCCUGUUUAAGGAAAUGA